GUUGACAGUUCCACAGCAGCAACCGAGAUUGGAGAGAGCAGAGAUCUGAAUGAACGGACCUAAACUUUGAAAUUUAGACUCACAAAAUCUUCCAAAACUGAGCCAAUCUGCAAAGAGGAAUUUACUGGAUUAUAUUUUUGUAGAAGGAGGAAGAAGAGAAGAGCUAAAAUGAUGACCCAGGAACAGUGCUCUCAUAGGAACAAUGUGCAGAGCUCGGACAAACCUCAGAUCUACAAAGUGGGGAUCUAUGGCUGGAGGAAACGCUGCCUGUACUUCUUCGUCCUUCUCCUCAUGAUCCUCAUCCUCAUCAACUUGGCCCUCACCAUCUGGAUCCUCAAGGUCAUGAACUUCACCAUAGACGGCAUGGGGAACCUGAGAAUAACAGAGAAAGGCCUGAAGCUCGAGGGAGACUCUGAGUUUCUGGAGCCACUUUACGCCAAAGAAAUCCAGUCCAAACCGGGCCGCCCGCUGUACCUGCAGUCGUCCAGAAACGUCUCGGUCAAUAUCUACAACAGCAACAACGAGCUGCUCACUCAGCUCGUGACAGGAUCUAGCGGGUUGAAAGCGCGAGGAAAAGCGUUUGAAGUGAAGUCGACGACGGGGAAGCUGCUGUUCUCCGCUGAUGAGGAUGAGGUCGUGGUGGGCGCCGAGAAGCUCCGGGUCAUGGGAGCUGAAGGAGCUGUGUUCACAAAGUCAGUGGAGACGCCUCAUGUCCGAGCAGAGCCUUUCAAAGAGCUCAAGCUGGAGUCGCCCACUCGCUCCCUGCUGAUGGAGGCUCCUAAAGGGAUCCAGAUCUUGGCCGAGGCCGGAGACAUCCAGGCCAUCUGCAGGAACGAGCUGCGUCUGGAGUCCAAAGACGGAGAGAUCUCUCUGGACGCUCACAGGAUCCGUCUGAUGCGUCUGCCGGAGGGAAAGGCCUCGAGCUCGCCUUCUUCAGGGACCCGACAGACAGUGUACGAGGUGUGUGUGUGCCCCAACGGACGGCUGUUCCUCUCCCAGGCAGGAGUGGGCUCCACCUGCCAGAUCAGCUACAGCGUGUGCCUCUAGGACUCCAGAGCAAGGACAACCAACCAGGCCAAAAACUUGAACUCUCCCUGCUCCCUGAACGGGCGAGCGAGAGGAUACCACUUCAAACUGCAACACGGAAAUACAUUUUUCACUCAAGCUGC